AACCGUCAGGUUGCUGCUGAGGAAGUCGCUGGACUCACUGUUUUCUCAGCGGCGACGCUGAGAGAAGACGCGGAGGAAGGAGUCCGUGUUUGCGGAGAGCCGAGGUGUGUUUGUACAGAAUGUCAUCAGAUGAGGAGAAAUGCUCACCUCCAGUUUUGCACAAUGACUCCGACCGAGGCAGUUCUGUCUCUUCAGAUCUUCAGGAAGAGUAUGAAGAACUGCUUCGUUAUGCUAUAGUGACUCCAAAUAUUGAAUCAAGUGCUUCACAGCCGUCUCAUUCUAAGGGAGAAGUGGUGCCAGAUAUUAGAAUUCCUACUAUAAUUGAUGAUAUUCUUCAAAAUCCAGCAGGAAAUAGCCCUGCAGUAAGAGAAACGAGGAUGGAAGUUGGAAAAAGAUGUGAUUUAAAUAUUUCAAGUCAUUCAAAGACAGACGGGUCAUCACCAGUGUCGUCCCCAAGGAAGUCACCUCACCUGGUUAUGGACUUUUUCAGUUCGAAUCUUUUAGUUGACUCUCCCUCACCAAGGUCUAAUUCUAGUCCUAUAGAUGCCCAUGAAGUAGUUGGGACCGAUUUUCUUAUUUCUGAUGAAAACCUUCAAAAGAUGGAAAAUGUGCUUGAUCAUUGGAGUUCAGGUCUUAAGACAAACGUCAUAUCUGAACUAAGUAAAUGGAGACUGAAUUUUAUUGACUGGCACCGAAUGGAAAUGAAAAAAGAGAGAGAAAAGCAUGCAGCAGAUAUAAAACAACUGUGCAGCCAGAUCAACAGCUUGAAGGAGCUGCAAAAAACCUAUGAAGUCUCCAUUGGGAGAAAAGAUGAGGUGAUUACUAGCUUGUCUCAUGCCAUAGGCAAGCAAAAGGAAAGGAUAGAGUUGAUGAGAACAUUCUUCCGCUGGCGAAUCAGCCAUGUCAAAUCCAGACAGGACGUUUAUGAAAGUAAACUAGCUGACCAGUACUUCCAGAGAACUUUACUGAAGAAAGUCUGGCGAGGCUGGCGGGCCAUAGUACAGAAGCAGUGGAAAGAAGUGGUGGAGCGAGCUUGCCAAGCUAGAGCUGAGGAAGUCUGUGUCCAGAUUUCCAAUGACUAUGAAGCCAAAGUUGCUGUGUUAUCUGGAGUUUUGGAAAAUGCAAAAGCUGAGAUCCAAAGGAUGCAGCAUGAAAAAGAGCACUUUGAAGAUUCCAUGAAGAAAGCUUUCAUGAGGGGUGUAUGUGCAUUAAAUCUUGAAGCCAUGACUAUAUUUCAAAACAGAGGUGAUACAGGGCCAGACUUCACCAAUAAUAAAAGGGAAGAGUGUGGUCCUGGUGUUCAAGGAAAAGAACAUUCUUCUCAUUUGGAUCCUUCAGCUCCUCCGAUGCCCUCAGCGACUGCAGUGCCGCCAUCCCCGCCAGCGGCAGCCCUGGGAGCCACCUGCACUGCUGCCUUUCCCUCUGCCGCUUCCAUCACUCCUGCCGGGGCUGCUUCCACUUCCGCUGUUCACCUUCCUGUUUCUGCUCCUCAUGGCGCUGCAUCGACAGCUACAGCUUCCGCUACACAGGAAGAAAUGUAUGGGCCCAGGGUUGUGACAUCAGCACAACAGAAAGCUGGAAAAACAAUCACAGCCCGGAUCACAGGGAGAUGUGAUUUUGCUUCAAAAAAUAGAAUCAGUAGCAGUUUAGCUAUAAUGGGAGUUUCUCCUCCCGUGAGCUCCGUCGUUGUGGAAAAACAUCAUCCAGUCACAGUGCAAACCAUUCCGCAAGCUACUGCAGCAAAAUAUCCCCGGACCAUUCACCCUGAAAGUAGUACCUCAGCUUCCAGAUCUCUCGGAACCAGAUCAACUCACACCCAGUCUCUCACAAGCAUUCAGUCCAUAAAAGUGGUUGACUAAAAUGAAUAUGUUCCUAUUGAGGUCGUUUAAUUCUUCUGGCUUUACUAAGAAUUAGAAGUCUUUAGUUUUUAAAAUUUCAUAUUCUUAGAACAUCAUGGAUACAUCAUGUUCAUUUCCCCGAAAUUACAAGAGACUUCUUCAAGCUGUACCAUCCUUUGUAACUAUAUGUAGGAUUAUUUUAAUGUGGUUUUUUAUUUAAGCAAUUAAGUAAAACUUUU